AUUAGCGUUUUUUGUCCAACUUCAGAAGACAAGGAUAUCCUCAAGUUUUGAGAUUAUCUGACAGUUUGCUUUGAGCGACGGGAGUGCGCGUCAUGGUUUGACAGUGUAGGAGCGCGCUCGUUAACGUGAACGAGUGUUGUUCGGGUUUUUCUCACAAUCCUUGAGAUGUGAAGCGGUGAUCAGAAGAAACGCGAGGAAACAAACAUUGCCUGCAUUAGGCUAAUAGAGGAGCAUAGCCUCAGUGAGACGCGGGAGGGAGAGACCGGCGAGGAAAUCAAUAUAGCCUAGUCUCUCAACCAGUUCCGUGGUGUUCCGCUAUUUAACCAAGGUCAAUUCACCGCCUAAGAUCGUGUCCUUCUCAGCCGGCUCCGUUAUAAAUUCGGAGGCGGGGGACAUAGCGGUCGAGGAUGGACGGGAUGCAGGCGUACGGUGCAGGCAAGGCCGGUGGUGCUUUCGACCCCUUAACGUUCUUCCGACAACCACCGACUAUUCUCCGGCUGGUGUGCUGGCUCUUCUCCAUCGUCAUCUUCGGCUGCAUCGCUAACGAGGGCUACGUGAACCGGCCGGACGAGAUCGAGGAGUUCUGUAUCUUCAACCGCAACCAGAAUGCCUGUAACUACGGCGUCGCCAUGGGAACCCUAGCCUUCGUCAGCUGCGUGGCGUUUCUGGCGCUGGACGUGUACUUCCCCCAGAUCAGCAGCGUCAAGGACAGGAAGAAGGCCGUGCUGGCCGACAUAGGGGUGUCAGCCUUCUGGUCAUUCGUCUGGUUUGUGGGGUUCUGUUUCCUGGCGAACCAGUGGCAGGUUGCCAAGGAAGAGGAUAACCCCCUCAAGGAGGGCGGAGACGCAGCCCGUGCUGCCAUCACCUUCUCCUUCUUCUCCAUCUUCACCUGGGGAACUCUGUGCCUGCUGUCUCUGGAGAGACUAAAGCGGGUGUCAUACGAGGAGGAGUACAACAAACUGUUCACACCCCCAUCUGCCCCUCCUAUAGUGUGACCAGCAGGAGGCCCCCUCCCUCCAGCCAUCCUCCCUCCAUCCAUCCCUCAUCCCUUCUCCCUCCAUCCAUCCUCCCUCCCUUCUCCAGCCCAGGCUGUAAACCAUCUGAAUGUGUUGUUACAUGUUGAGUGGGUUCAGCCAGCACAUCUGCAUCUGAAGUGCCUUUUCACUGGAGAACUCCAUGGACCUGCUCUCUGUACUGUUCAACAAAGGGCAAUGCUACGUUCAUACAGUUUCAGGUUCUCGAAAUGUCCUUUAGUGUGCAAAAUAUCUUUGUUUUUCAAGCUUAAUUAAGUGUUUUGUUCUUGUACAGUGUCAUGUGUCCCUGUCUAGAUGGUCACGCUGGUCAAGAGUGAGGAGUUGGUUGUCUAGAACUAGAAACCCAAGGCUUUUGGGAUGUGGGAGGGGUUAGUGAGGUGGGAGGGUUUAGGGGUGUGGCGCUUAAUUCUGCAAAUCAAUGUUUGACAGUUAAUCUCUCAGGAGAAGUAUGUAUUUCACAAACCCAGCUCGGUCAACUCAUGUGUAUAUGCAAAUAAACGCAUUUAUCCAUGCAUACGGUGUAGCUACCGAGUAACUCUACCACGCAGACACAAACAGAACAACCAUCACACUUAGAAAUCCCAUGUAAAAUUUCCAUAACCUCUCUUAAGGUUCUCAAAUGUUGAAGUGAACACUGGUGGUGUAUUCUCACAAGCAGGCAUCUUUAACAGCCUUUUCUAAUCACUAGUAGUUCAGACUGGUCCGAGGUGAGGUGCAGCAACUCACCAUGACUGAUAUAAUGUACUAAUGUUGUACUAAUGCAGCUGUUCAUCCUUCUUUUA